AUGGUUGAGCUUAAGCCUAUUUUUAGGAAGGCUUACUGGUCCCUUGCAGCAGGUGGCCUGCUAUACGUGCUGUGUAUCCUCUCCUUGACCUUCCCAGAGGUUCAACGUUCUGUUCUUUAUGCCAACAAGAUCAAUCCCAGCUUGUGGCAGGAUGUCAACCAAGUCGAACAGUUUGGAUUUUUAAGAACCCAAGUCCAACCGUUUCAUUUGGUUACGCCCGACAAUGAAACCAUUUACGGCUGGCAUUUGAUGCCCUUGCAUCUUUGCCUGGAGUUCGAAAAGGAAUUAAUGGAGAAUCCCUCUACGGGCCCAGCGGAGGACUACACGAAGACAGUUGCCUACAAGCUUCUCGCCAAUGACCCCAAUGCACGAGUUGUGGUUAGCUUCCACGGAAAUGCGGCGCAUUUGGGUUCCGCUCAACGCCCUGCCACUUACAACUCGAUGCUAAGCCUAUCUACCCCAUCAAACCCAGUCCACGUCUUUGCAAUUGACUAUCGCGGCUUUGGUGUUAGCACUGGAAAUCCCACCGAGGAAGGCCUUAUCACGGAUGGUGUGUCCCUCAUUAACUUCCUUACCGCAGGGCCAUUAGAGGUUCCCACCUCCCGCAUCGUCAUCGUGGGCCAAAGUCUUGGAACUGCAGUAACAACUGCAGUGGCAGAGCGUUUUGCAUUCGGAUCAUCUGACCCAGCAGCUAUCCAACCGGCUAUCAAGAACGCCGAUCCAUUUGCUGGCGUGGUCCUAUUGGCAUCUUUCAGCAGCCUAGCCAAUCUCAUCGAGUCCUACAGCUUCAAAGGCCUCACCCCGCCUAUGCUCUCUCCUAUCAUGGGAUAUCCUCGAUCUCAACAGUGGCUGUUGAGCCACAUUGUGGACCACUGGGACACGGCUGGGAGACUGGCGCGUCUCACCGGCGUUAAUACUACUUCCUUGAACGCUGUAGAUAUGGGCUACAUUGAUAAAAGCCUUGAUCUCACGAUAGUUCAUGCUUUUGAUGAUGCUGAAAUUCCCUGGUAUGAAGGACGCCGCGUUUGGGAGGCUGCGACGGGCAGACAUGUCAAGGGUGCUCCUGGUGCUAUGACGUAUCUCAAAUCCGAGGAUGGCAACCCUAGCGAGGUCAAGAUCUGGAAGAAUGAGAUCAGCAAUGAAGAUGGUAGUGAGGUUGUCAAAACAGUCAGAUGGGAACGGAUUCGAUACGGUGGUCACAAUCGCGUUGCAUCAGGCUCAGUGGCUGGUAUCGCUGUUAUGAGGGCUUUUGAGCAGUAA